AAACCUGAGUGUUGGGCCCAUCCUUGUGAUGUGUAGAUCAGUGACAGUCGAAGCACUUGUUCCCACGUAUGUGAACGACGCCCCGGUGUAUUUGGAUGCAAAGUCAGCCUACAGACUGACAGCUCGGUGCUCGAAAUGUCACGUCUUUUUGGAGAAAUAGCCUUUUGAUACCGACGGAGCUCCGGACGUGUGGCUGGGCAGCACGGACACGGACACGGAGGAGCGUUUGAGUUCGUCGCCGAAUUGGGUUACGGUCCUGGAUGGUCCCUCUUACUUAGAUGCAAACCUCACGCCCAUGCGACGAUGUCGGUGGAUGUUGCUGCCCUCGGUGUCCAGCUCUCUGGUGAAGAUCUAACACAAGUCGUGGGUAUUUAAAAGCUCCCCUACUGGUUGAUUGAUUGAUUGAUCGAUUGAUUGAUGAUCUAAAACUACCAUGCCGGCUCAUAAGGCAACAAGAUAAUGAGAAAUGCAGGACACCCUUUUCUGUCUCCAGUGAAGAGGAGUUUCUUGUCUAAACCAGGACUCGUCACCGUCACAAAUGUAGCCCAGCAGAGGCGACUGAACCAGGCCGCUGCACAGAGACGGAGGCUGGUUUGUUGUGCUCAGACUUGGCUGGAUGCUGAACAUGGUGCCACUUCGCAGCUCUGUAUCGCAUACCUGCCGCUCUGCUGUCGGCCUGCUUCUGUAAUUCCCCGGCUGUCUUAAAAUGGACGGGCGCCUUUUGAUAAGGGCUAUUCAGGGACGUUGAACCGGCUCACCAGUGGCCAUGCAUGUAGGAUUUAGCCUGGGCCGGCUUGUUGGGAUGUAGAGCGAAAAUCCGCGGAUAUUUCCAAACACAAUAUACAACGACAUUAGCCCGUAUUCAUGGAGAUGGCUGGCGGGGGAGGUGCAUCUGCCCUGGGAUUGAUGAGAUAUAAUGAGGGCUCCUGCUCCGAGGAUUUUAUUCAUCUCAAUCACAGACUGUUUUUUUAUUGGCAGCAUAAAUAGUGCUUAUAAACAACUAAAAUUAACCCGACAAUCAGAUGUGGUUUUAUCAUCUCCUCUGAUUGUUACAGGCUUUACUGUCUCUGUAGCUUUUAGUGUAAGCCACUAGCUCUCAAGGGGUUGAUAUUAGCUACAGCACUGGUUAUGCAUUAUUCAUCAGGGCAAAAAAACUAAAAACAUGAACAGUGUAAAUACACCAUGAGCCCAGUUUUUGAAAUUAAGCAUGGAGUUAAUUAUAUGUAGAAAUUACAAGAUGAGUGACAGAAACAAUGUCCUAACUCUGACCAAGAACUGAAGUCAUCUUUCUCAAGGAUUUAGUUUCACCUGCUGUUUUUUUAGAUACAGGUUUAUUAUCAGAAUUGUGGCAGCUUUAAAAAAACAAAACAAAACAAAACAUAUAAAAACAAUCAGGUUUCAGGGGUAUACAGUGAUGGAUCUGCCCUCCUGUUUGACCUGAUGCACAUUGUCCCUGAAUGAACCUUCCUUUGGGAAUACAUGUUACUUACACACUGCAUAGCAACAGCACAGCAAUUGGUGACAGGAUUUGGCACAAUUUCAACAGUGGGAUGUGGUGAUGGGGAGGGCAGUUAGAGCUCUCUGAUCCUCUGAUCCCCUCUCCCCCCUGGUGGUCGAGGACCCCCUCAUCUCAGUCAAUGGGCCCUGUAUGGAUUUUGUGCCUGAGUUGACAACAGUGUCAAACAGCAGUCAGGCUGCCAUGAACCCAUACGGCAGAGCGAGCAGUACAGCAGCCCCCCUGUCCUGCACCAGCUGUGGGGGCUGCUGCUCCCCUCCUCCCCCUUGCCUCAUCCCCCCUGGGCCCCCUUCCUCCACUACUUCCUCAUCCUCUUCCAUGCCUCCCAACAUGACCCCCCCACCCCCUCUUCUGCAGGUGGAGAAUGGCAGUAGCUGGAACUCCUCCACCUUCUCCUCCUCCCCAGACUCCCACCCUGGCCACCGCUGUGGGGCUGGCAACCCCAAUCCCUACUGGACAGCAGUGUUCGACUAUGAGGCCACAGCAGAUGAGGAGUUAACCUUACGACGUGGGGACCUCCUUGAGGUUCUUUCCAAAGACUCCAAAGUGUCUGGGGAUGAGGGUUGGUGGACAGGCAAGAUCCAGGACAAGGUGGGUAUCUUUCCGUCUAACUACGUCACAAGGGGGGAUGCUGCCAGUUACCAGCAGCUGACAGCAGGAGGGCUGGUGGCAGGUGGGGUCGGGGUGGGUGAAUGCCCCUUGGAGAUAGACUUUUCAGAACUGCUCCUGGAGGAGGUGAUUGGAGCUGGUGGCUUUGGGAAAGUGUACAAAGGAGUGUGGCGGGUAGAGGAAGUUGCCGUAAAGGCCGCCAGGCAGGACCCAGAUGAGGAUAUCAGCGCCACAGCAGAGAGCGUACGGCAGGAGGCUCGACUUUUCUGGAUGCUCCGGCACCCCAACAUAAUUGCACUAAAGGGUGUCUGCCUGCGGGAGCCCAACCUGUGCUUGGUAAUGGAAUAUGCCAGAGGAGGGGCUCUGAAUCGUGCCCUUGCUGGAAAGAAGGUUCCCCCAAGAGUUUUGGUGAAUUGGGCUGUCCAGAUCGCCACUGGAAUGGACUACCUGCACAACCAGGCAUUUGUGCCUAUCAUCCAUAGAGACCUCAAGUCCAGCAAUAUCCUCAUCCUGGAGCCAGUGGCACGAGACGACCUGAACGGUAAAACCCUGAAGAUCACGGACUUUGGCCUGGCCCGGGAAUGGCACCAAACCACCAAGAUGAGUGCGGCGGGUACUUACGCCUGGAUGGCCCCUGAGGUCAUCAAGCUCUCCCUGUUCUCCAAGAGCAGCGACGUGUGGAGUUUUGGCGUGUUACUGUGGGAACUGCUGACCGGAGAGGUUCCUUAUCGGGAGAUCGACGCUCUGGCAGUGGCCUACGGUGUCGCCAUGAACAAACUGACACUUCCCAUCCCUUCAACCUGCCCAGAACCUUUCGCUCAGCUGCUGGGAGAGUGCUGGAGCCCCAACCCCCACAGCAGACCGUCGUUCACCAGCAUCCUGAGGCGGCUGCUGGCCAUCGAGCAGUCGGCCAUGUUUCAGAUGCCUCUGGAGUCGUUCCACUCGUUACAAGAAGACUGGAGGCUGGAGAUCCAGCAGAUGUUUGAUGAGCUCAGGGCCAAAGAAAAAGAGUUGAGAUCUUGGGAGGAGGCGUUGGCUCGAGCUGCCGAGGAACAAAGGGAGCAGGAGGAGCAGCUGAGGAGGAGAGAGCAGGAGCUGGCUGAGCGGGAGAUCGACAUCGUGGAGCGGGAGUUGAACAUCAUCAUCCACCAGAUGUACCAGGAGAAACCCAGCGUAAAGAAGAGAAAAGGCCACUUCAAGAAGAGCCGGUUACUGAAGCUGGGCAGAGACAGUAACUGCAUCAGCCUGCCCUCUGGUUUUGAACAUAAGAUCACAGUGCAGGCUUCUCCCAGUGUCGACAAGAGGAAGGGCAGUGAGAGCACAACGCCACCCGCCAGUCCGGGGGUCAUACCCCGACUCAGAGCCAUCAGAUUGACGCCCAGCGAUGGCAGUAAGACAUGGGGUCGUAGUGCAGUUUGUAAGAAGGAAGACCUGUCGACCAGCAAGAAGAAAGGACGCACCUGGGGGCCGAGCUCCACCCACCAGAGAGAGAGGGUUGGCGGGGAGGAAAAACUGAAGUCACUGGGUGAGGGAUGUAAAGUCUGGUCGUCCAGUGCACCAAACCUAGGCAAGUCUCCCAAACACGCUCCGAUGACUGCUGGCUUCUCCAGCCUCAAUGAAAUGGAGGAGUGCUGUGAGUUUGAGGAGUCUCCGGGGUCCCUGAUGCCCUCAGAGACCAGCAGUAACGGAGCUGCGGACGACUCGGGGUCCCUGUGGGGCAGCCUGGGGCCCAGCAUGGUGCCCACCGGUGGGAUGUCUGGUAUGAGCUCCUGUCAGGGGCCUGGAGGUCAGGGGGCCGGUGUAAGCUACCAGGACUCGCUCCGCCGCUGCAGCCAAAGGAAGAAGAGCGACAUGCUGCUGCUGGGAUGUGCCUCUCUACUCGCCUCUGUGGGCCUUGGGCAAGACCUGCUGCAGUUGGGAAAACUACAGGUGCUUCAGGAUGAGCAGGACCUUCGAGAGGAGCAGAGGAAGAAGAAGGAUAGUCUGUUCCAGCGAACCGGACGUUUCCGUCGCAGCACCUCUCCUCCGAGUCGUAACCUCUCCUUGUCCCUGUCCCGGCAUCACGACUCGGCCCUUCCGUGCUUGGAUCCUUCUCCGUCCGUAACGCUCCUGUCUUUGUCCUCUCUAUCUGACUGCAACUCCACAAAGUCCCUCCUCCCAUCUGACCCAGACGAAUACCCCCUGACCCCCAUGACAGGGGUCAAAACACCGGCAGCAACAGGAGCUCCUUCCCUAAACCCGCUCUUAGACCUACGAGCGGAGAGUUUCAAGAAGGAGCCCAACCAGUCGCUCACACCCACACAUGUGUCUGCAGCCAUGGCUCUGAACAGAGGACACAGACGCACCCCGUCAGACGGGGCGAUAAGGCCUCGUGCCCAGACUCUGGGACACCGCAGGACGCCGUCAGAUGGAAGCAUGCCCAUGCCUCCACCCCCGGGGGCCCAGACCAUCACAACCAACAAGGGUGGACAGGACACCUUAGACAUUCCCCGACUCCCCGACCCCUCCACCAUAUUCCCAGUUCCCCAUCGGCGUAAAGCCCCCCCUCCACCGAUCCCUGAUCCAGAUCCACAUUGCCUCAUUAGCCCCUUGGAGAGACCUAAAACACUUGAGUUUGCCCCUCGGCCUCGGCCCACUCCUGCAAGGAUGAGAGCCGACCCCUGGAAGCUGGGCUCUCUGUCACGGACCCUCAGCUCGUCACCAGGCAGCAGCUGUGACAGCCCCCUGGGGUCUGGGGACAGCAGCGCUAGCACCGCCAGACCUAAUCUGAUGGACAUGGACAUGGAGGGCCAGAAUUUGGACCACACUGUGCCCCUGUGUGGACAGUUACAGCCUGCCACUCUGUGUGGGCAGCAGUACUCGUAGUGACAGAGCAUCUACAAACCUGUUUCAGGACUUUACAGCCUGGGCUGAAUAAAAAAUGCCUACUGAUGUCUGAGCCGAGCAAGUGCACUCACCGAAGUUUGAUGCGAAAAAACAUCCCACUUCUUGUCGUGUUUUUAGGCACUUACCGGAACCUCUUGUGUGCCCUUCGACUGAGUGUCAUAAUAAGGUGUGAAACCCUUACAGCAAGCCUUUCCUGUAUAGUGUGCACGAACCUGCACAACACUGAGGGUCAAAGAGGCCUCUUCUAAGCCUUGUAGUGCGCUCACUCACCUACCUUACCCAGCACCCCUUUCCCACUUUGAAAGCCAUUACUAUGUGCUCCAGUGUCCACUUCAUCAGCACGCCACGACCAAGUUACAUUUCCUACAAGACUCACAAGCAGAAUUUAAAGCUUUGAAAGCCAUUGAAGUACUUUAGAAGAUGAUUUUUGACCUUGCUAACUGUUCAUUUCUAUCCAUCUGCUUGUGUGUUUUUGACCGUCUGUGUCAUGUUUUUCUGCUCGCAUCAUUCCACUAAUCUUUCCUGUCUCCUGUUCCAAAGUUAACAGAAAAAGGCCCAUUCACUAUUCCAUCAAAACAUUACUUGUUUUGGAGAUUCCACAAAAAACAUAGAGCUUGGACUGUUUAAAAUUCCUAAUGUAGAGUGUCCUUGUUCUUAUGUUGCACGAUUCGAUUUGUUCUGCACAACAUCUUCCACUUAUUCUCCUGUGUAUGCUCUGCCUUCAACCUCACAGGUCAUUUCACUGCAAAAACUGCGACAGGAAAACCCCAUUUCUCACAGUACCAGUGGACUCGUUAAUAUCCUUGGCCUUGUACAGUAAAAACAGAGUUUAUUUUUUUCAGUGCUUGCACCAUCCCUGCUGUAACCUGUAGGCAAAACUUCUUUUUCUAUUGGUUUGGCUGACCAGGUGUGUUUCCACUAUGUGUCAAUGUGCAGACAUACUGUACGUUGUUAAUGCGUGGAUGAACAAACUGGGUGUAUUUCGUGUGCUGGUGCUUUUACAGUGCAUGUCGUUUUACGUGUGAAUGGUUCACUGUACACUGCACAUAAUGCUUCUAGGACAUUAUACCACUGGUUUGUCUUUUAUAUGUUUGGACAAGACAAAAUCAUUCCUCAUUAGCAGUCAGUAGCGCUCUGUAUGAGUCCUGUUUGUAACCCUGAGGACACAACCAAGGAUCAUUUUAUUCCAGCAUCACUUGAUGGAAAGAUUCCACCUGACUUUUGUAAACAACUUUAACCUCAUGUUCAUCUCGGACGCUUCACUUCUCCUCUGACCUGCUGUAUUCAACAUCAGUGGCACUUUAGGAGCCAUGUUGUGCAACUAAGUUAGUCUCUCCGUGGACUAGAAGUCUCGGCACAAAGUGCUCUGAUCAUGACUGACAAAUCAACUUUUAUCUCCGGAGUUGUUUUUGUACAGUGGACAUGGGUGCAUUUUGCUGCACAGAUGGUAUUUACUUGACUGUGCAACUUUCUUUAGGUGAGUGAGUGUGUGAAUGUAUGAAUAUGUGUGCUAUUAUUUCUAUGGGAUGGUGACAAUCCCAUUGGUAGAAGAGUGAGCCAAUAACUCAUUCUUGUGUGGUUAAGAACACUGAGUAUUUAUUAAAUUUAUUGUUAUUAUUGGGAAAAAAAUUAUUAUUAUUGCAAUUCUCUUCCUGGGAUAUCUGUAUAUAUUUGUUAAUAUAACAGGAAAACCUAGGAAACAACUUACUGAAACGUCCAUGUUGUCUCCAGUUUCAACCUGUGACAUUUCGGGGUUAAAUGAGGAAUAAGUGUGAAAUGUGAUGAAUGAUUGCCCUGAGAGAUGAAUAAAAAACAAAGAAAGAUG